CUGGUUUCAAUCAAUAUGCAAGUGUUAGGUAUAAUUUUUAUUGUCUUUAGUGUGACGUGCGCCUCGGCAAAGCCUUAUGAAUAUUCCUAUUACAUCUCAACACCUGAACAUUUUCAAAGUUUGGCGGUUAGAGAUGGCGCUGCAAUAGUUAAUGGAUUUAAUCCAAAUAUUAGACAGAGUAGAGGACCUGAAUUUAUUCCAAAUAAUCCUCUUGAUAGAAGAUAUCCAUUAAAUGGGCCAGAUUUUCGUGGGGUAAUGGAUGAACAGGAUCCAACCUUAAGACAAGGUAGGGUAAGACCUGGAUUUAUUCCAAACGAAAGAUAUCCGCUGAAUAGUCCAGAUUUUAGACGUAGAAUGGAUGGAGAAUUUGGACCUCAAUUUAAUCCAAACGAAAGAUAUCCUGUAUAUGAGCCAGAUUUAAGACGUGGAACAGAUGAAGAAUAUGAUGGAUUUAAUCCAUCAAAUAUUCCAAACCGAAGGUACCCAGAUUUUCGAAGUAGAUCAGAAGAUAUUCCCGAUGGAGGACUCGAUCCACUGUUUAAUCAAGGAGAUCAAAGAAGACAAUUCUCAAAUUCAGCACAAUAUCCUAGAUUUAAUCAAAUAGGAUCUUAUUCGCUAAACCAAAAUAGUCCAGAUUUCGAUGAAACAUAUCCUGAAUUUGGUAGAAGAAUUAGGCCACUAAUGCCGCAACAUACUGGAAUUUCUAGAAGAGCUUCAGCACCAGAAAAAAAUAAAGAUAGAGAAGAAGUAACUACUUCAAUACCUUGCACGUUUUGCGGCAUAGAUAAAGUGAAUGGUAGAGAUGGAAUAAAUGAAACAGAUCCAGAUUCUGAAACAGUGGAACCUAGAAAUGGUUUAGUGCAAAGUAAUGCGGUGACUCCAGCUAAUGUGGUUUUACCAUUUAAUCCUCCUGUGUUUCCUUAUUAUGUAGUAGCUUAAGAUUAUUUUUGUAAUUAAUUAUUCUAGUCAUUAUUUAACCUUUGUGAUCAAAAUAAAUAUAUGUAUUUGGUAUUGUUAUUAUUUUCUUGUAUAAGAUUUCAGCUAAUGUUGUUAUUUUCUAUUUUUUGUCACCUCCAAAUGUAAGUAAGUGGUAUUUAGUAUAAUAAAAGUCCUUUUUUCCA